UGCGCCCCCUCCAACUGCCGGGAAACUCCUCAGUUCUCAGAGCACCUCUUUCCCGGGCAGGUAGAACUGAACAGGCGAGCGGGGAGCGCCGGUCACAGAGCAGUUGGAGCAAACCGUGGAGAACCUUUUUUUCCAGGUGUGGGUGCGGGCUGCUCCUGCUCACGGUGUUUCUGCUCAGCCUCUAAGUGGCGAGUCCGGUAACACACCUUAUGAAUAUUUCAGGAACGACCUCGCCGCUCGCUUGCUUCAGAUCAAGUUUAAUGAAUGUGUCUGUCAGCUUCGCUGGCCAGGCGAGAAGCAGCCCUGUGUCAGGAGCUUUCCAAAUUUUGCCCCUUCCCCGCACCCACGAGAAAAAAGACGCUGCCCACCCACAGUGAGCUUUAGCUGGGCACCGUAAAUUGAGGCCGUCGUUUGCAGGCACCGGGUUUGGGCGGGCAUCCAGGCAUUGUUCUGCAUCUCUGCAGUGCGUGCGUGUCGUGCCAUCGCUUGACAACCGCGCUCUUCUGGCGCUGCCAAUAUGGUGGAAGGCAGGUAGAGUGCGUGUGUUGGGGUGAACGUGUUAAUUCAUUAUCGUCUUAUGACACCAGGUAGACACAAAGGACUUAGUCAUUCCCGCCCUCGAAGUUGUCUCCGAGAUCGGUCUCGUUGAAAUUCCAAAGCAGGCACACUUUCGUAUCGCUGUCCUUUUGGGAGGUGUUUCUCUCUCCUGGAUUCUUUCAUGGGAAUAAAAAAAGAAAUACCUUUUCUGUCGUCACUGUCAAGAACACUGAAAGAAGAUCACAUUCUUGAAGGGACUUUCAGGACUGGAAGAAACUGGAGGGCAUCUUUCAUGACCCUUUAGGUUAGAGCUCCCACUGCACCAUCAUCGUUAUUCAGUACGCCAGAACACACAGCAAUUAGGACUCAGAUGUGGUCUCUAUUUGCGGAAGAACCGGCUUGUUCCAAAACGGCUUUUUCCAAGCCGGGUUUUUCCAUCAUUGGUGAGCCAGUGAAAAGAAUAGCCCAAAGAGAGGAAAUUAAAUCAGAGGCAAAUAACAUCACUGUUGCUGAUCUUGAAUGUGUCAUCUGCAGAGGAAAAUUGGCUUACACCUACUUUGACAAAGGGAAAUUUGGAAGCAGUUACUUGAGAACAGUUUGAAUAACACCAGGAUAAUUGAAACAGGCACAAUGAAGCACUUCCUAAGAAUGUUGAUCCAGGUGUGCCUGUAUUUUUACUGUAAAUUUUUGUGGCGCUGCCUGAAAUUUGUAAUGAGAAAGCUGACUGGAAGGUGUGAGCUUCAGCGGAUCUGUUAUAACACCAAGCCUGGCGCUUCCAGGACCAUGAAAAUCGAAACCUCACUGAGGGAUUCAAAAAGUAAGCUGUUGCAGACUGCAGUAAGUGUUCACCCUGAUGCCAUUGAGAAAACUAUAGAAGACAUCAUGGAACUGAAAAAAAUUAACCCGGACAUAAAUCCACAGUUGGGAAUCUCUCUCCAAGCUUGCCUUUUGCAAAUUGUUGGCUAUAGAAACCUUAUUGCUGAUGUGGAAAAACUGCGCAGAGAGCCCUAUGAUUCUGAUAAUCCCCAACAUGAGGAGAUGCUUUGAAGGUUAUUGUGGACAUUCUUGAAGCCCAAUACACCCCUGGAAUCUCGGAUUUCUAAGCAAUGGUGUGAAAUUGGUUUCCAAGGUGAUGACCCUAAAACUGAUUUUCGAGGAAUGGGCCUCCUGGGACUGUACAAUUUGCAGUAUUUUGCAGAAAGGGAUGCUUCAGCAGCUCAACAGGUCCUCUCAGACUCUCUUCAUCCAAAAUGCAGCAAAUUCAGCAAAGCAGAAUGGGAGAAGAAAAGGAUGGAUAAAGCAAUUGGGUACUCGUUUGCCAUUGUGGGCAUCAAUAUAACUGAUCUGGCAUAUAAUCUCCUGGUGAGCGGAGCUCUGAAAACUCAUUUCUACAACAUCGCCCCAGAAGCUCCAACAUUGUCUCAUUUCCAACAGACGUUCUGCUAUUUGAUGCAUGAGUUUCAUAAGUUUUGGAUUGAAGAAGACCCCAUGGACAUAAUGGAAUUUAAUCGUGUGCGGGAGAAAUUCCGCAAGAGGAUCAUAAAACAGCUGCAGAACCCAAACAUGGCACUGUGCCCACACUUUGCUGCCUCGGAAGGUUUACUCAACAUGUAGUCACCCACGCUGGUUUAAUGGACCCCCCUAGAACACUGCCUCAUUGUUGUGUUAGAUCUCUGCUUAGGUCCCAGCUCACUGAAUGCACACAGCGGUUGUAUGCAUGGCUUUUGGUGCAGUAUUUUCAUCUUUUGGUCGUAAUUACCAGAUCCCCAGAUACCACUAUUUCUGGAGUAUCUGCCAUCCUGUAACUGCUCAUAUUGUGGCAUUAUGCAGUGUUACAUCUUGCCUUGACACCCAGGUAUGGAAAGAGUUUUCUAUUUUUUUAGAUUGUUUUCCUUCCCCUCAUCAUUCAGCAUUAAAGAACUGUAUUUCUCUAGCUGUAUUUUGUAUGUAAGAGAUUGAGCUGAAUCUUGUUCUGUGAAAGCCUUUUAAUUUAUUGAUAGGUUCCAUCACUACCACUGCUAGCUUUUCAAGCCAGGUUCAUGCUUGGACCGCAUUCCAAUAAAGUAUCAGACUUUAAGAUAAUAAAGACAGACACAUGAUAAGCCAAACCAUUCCAGCAGACAGCUGUGCUUCAUAAAAAUGUAAUAAAAAUGUAACGAGGCUUACAAGGAGCAAUGUGGGUAGGUGCUGUUUUGUUUGAAGUACCCCAGAAUUAUAUUGUAGUUUAUACCUCUUUCCUCCCCCAUUGCAAUCGUGUCAGAGUCAUCUGGAUAACAAAUAACUUUAUUCCCAUAAUUUCACUAGCUUGGAUGCCUAAAUAUGUUAGUCAUGCUUGGAGCCUCAGAAAAGGAAUAAGCAUACUUCCCAAGCUGCAAAAGGUUUUUCACUGCCUGCCUCUGGUUAAACUCAGAGCCGCCCCCAGCACUGUUCUGAUCCAGGCAUCUCUGCUUGGGGAACUGAGUGCUGACUGCUUUGCUUUCUCUCUCAAGAUGCAACAUUAAAAAACAAUCUGCAAGAAAAUGUGUUGCAAGAGAGGAACCUCAGCUAUGAUGUUCUUCAAUACUCCUUGGAAUUGCUGACCUUGUCUUGUAUCCAUGGGAGAAGUAAGUGGCUUGAAGGAGGAAAAAAUCCAAUCAUUCCAAAACCGCUAAACAUCAUUGAAAAACCAUGAUUUUGUUUGGAAUUAUGAUUGUAGUCUGUUGAAUAGUAUUUACCAUGGCAUUUCAUACCCAUGGUAUUUUAUACCUUCUGACUAUCGAUUUUAGUAUUACUAGACAUUUGUGUAAUCAACUGCUUAUUUAUCUGAAUUUUGAGUACUGCCUAACUGUCAGUUAUAUGAAUAAAGUACAUGU